CAACUGGUUUCAGAUGCCUGCAACUCACAACUAAGCUAAGCAGGAAUGGGUGUCAAUCCUUCAGAGUGACAACAACUGUUUCAGGUAAUGGUGAAUAUGUCACCAUCAGCGACAUCGCAUUUGGUGACCAGUCAGUUUGUGACAAUUCAGUGAACAUACGGACAACAUUUAAUUGCAAUUUUGAUGAUGAUGACUGUGGUGUUAAGAAUGAUGCAUGUGGCUUGGUUGACUGGGACAUUAGAUACAAUGAUUUAAGCAGCUUAGACAAACCAUCAUCCCUCUGCAGUAAACAUGUUGGUGUGCCACUACUGAAACAACAAAUACGAGAAAGUUGCUCGUAUGAUGAUCUCAACAUUGUCAAGCUACAACAGUCCGGGUUUACCCGGUUUACCACUUCAUCAAAAGUUACUAGCCGGGUACAAGCAAGGCUGCAGUCUUAAGCAGACAGAGACGAACAUAUGGACAUUCUCUUUACCUUGUUCCAUCUCAAAUUGGGGGUGUAGCCAUUGGAAUUCUCAACCUGCCAAGUGUGAUACACCACGUUGAAAACAGCUUUCUGAAAUUUGACUGUGACAUGAUUGAAGGUGGUUUUCAUGAUCUUAUGGUGACUGCUGUUUGUUUAUCAGACCCUGCCUACUCACUGAUCCCUCUUGGUGAACUGGGUGUCCAUUUUCAUGUUACUCAUUUAACUGGAAAAGGCAUGAGCCACACAGUCUGCCUAGAUCUUCACAGUAAGAUAAGCAUAAACACAUGCUCGCAGUUUGCCAUACAAAUCAAGGCUGCAGCUGUUCAAACUGCUAUCAUUGUUGAUGACUUUGAGUUUCUGCAAAACCUAGAUGGCAGUAACUGUGAUUAUGGAACCGGCACGAAGAAAUAAAUGUGUCCAUUUUUUAGCAAUACCAAUUAAAUUGGUACGUGAGCUGACAUAUGAUGGAUUUAUGACAUUGCAUUUUUGUGUCUAACAUGACGUGCUUUGACUGACUGGCAGCUAGUACUUGUACAAAGCUGUAAAGCUCUUAACAGCAUUUCAGACAUAAUAAGAGUUGAUAGAUGAAGAGGUGAAGAAAAGUAGAAUGUUAGAAUUUUCUCUGGUAUGUUUUGUAAGCUGCAUAAAGUCACAAUUGUAUUGCACUACAAUAAUUCUUCCAUACAAGUACAAGUCAUACAUCGGUUAAGGAAAGCACACAAAAUGUAGAACAAAUACAGCAAAUGUACAAGAAAGCUAAU